GACCGACCAUUGUGACAAACCGGCUGACGUAUUGAGAACACGCAAAAUCAAAACAUUCAACACAAUCCUGGAACGAUGGGGAAAAUUCCAGCCAACUCACCCAAAGCGGUGUUAAAUAGGAAGGAAAAUCAAAGUCUGUUCUCUAAAAUUCGUAAGGAGUACAUUAGCAUAACGUUUGCCAAAUCGCUAAUCUUCGAUCCCGCCCGGUUACCCUUGAUCUCGAUACUAAUUUUGGCCGCUGAGUUGGUGCUAAACGUGUUCGUUGUGCAAAAUGUGCGGUACACCGAGAUCGACUGGAAAGCUUACAUGCAGGAAUGUGAGGGUUUUCUCAAUGGAACAACCGAUUAUUCGUUGUUACGAGGUGAUACCGGUCCGCUAGUUUACCCUGCCGGAUUUGUCUACAUCUACAGUGCACUGUACUUCCUCACAUCGCACGGCACCAACAUUCGCUUGGCACAGUACGUGUUUAUUGGCAUCUAUCUGCUGCAGCUCGUGUUAGUGCUGCGACUUUACUGCAAAAGUCGUAAGAUACCACCAUAUGUGAUGGUCAUUACGAUUUUCACCUCCUACCGGAUUCACUCCAUCUACGUACUGCGGUUGUUCAAUGAUCCGAUUGCGAUCUUGUUUCUGUAUGCAGCACUGAAUGCAUUCAUCGAUGGUCGUUGGACACUCGGAAGUGUGAUGCUAAGUUUGGGCGUUUCGGUAAAAAUGAACAUACUACUCUUCGCUCCGGCAAUUCUGCUGCUGUACAUAACCAAUCUGGGAUGGUUGAAAACGGGGCUCCAACUGACGGUGUGCGGAAUGAUACAGCUUAUCCUAGGGGCACCCUUCCUUCUUACCCAUCCCUGGCAGUACCUCAAGGGAAGCUUCGAUCUUGGCCGUGUGUUUGAGCACAAGUGGACGGUGAACUAUCGAUUCUUGGAGCAGGAGAUGUUUGAGAGUAAAAUGUUCCAUCUCGCACUGCUAGGACUACAUCUUACGUUAUUGGUGGUGUUCGCCUCACCAUGCUACAAAUACUUCCAAAACUAUUGCCGCUUGCGCCAUUUGGAAAUUAUGCUCAUGCCUCAGAUAGAGGCACAAAAUCGUGCUGAAAAGGAAAAGCAGAAGAAGGCCAAGAAAUCUCAAAAUCAGGCACUGCCAGCCUCGAAAGAAAACAAGAAGGAAGAGAAACUAACAGAGGAUCAAGAAAUGUUUUUGAAGUCUUUCGAAAAAGGCAUUAAGAAGAUGUCUGGCAAGCAGCAGCAGCAGCAACAACAACAAAAGGUUGAACGUGCUGCCGAGGAAGCGGACAAAGCAGCAGCUAAUUCAGCAACGAACAAAUUUUCGAUUCAUUUCGAUCGAUCCACCCAACUCGCCCUGCUUCCAAUCUUUUUGUCAAACUUUAUUGGUAUAGUGUGUGCUCGCAGUUUGCACUACCAGUUCUACGUAUGGUAUUUUCAUAGUUUACCGUACCUCACCUGGUACACCGAGUAUACUAAUAGUUUGAAAUUUCUGCUACUUUUGCUGUUGGAAUUUUGCUGGAACACUUACCCAAGCACAGUACUGAGCAGUCUCGUUCUCCAUACGUGCCAUUUGAUAUUGCUAGUCGGAAUCGGAAGGAAGAUGUUCCGUCGAAUUCCGGAUCUUGCGCAGUUUAGUAAAACGGAGUAAAAUAAAGUUCCGCGUGCAACCGUAUGGAACCAUUUGAACUAUCCGUAUCAAUCGUGCCUUAAGUGAGCUAACGUUCAGUUUGCAUUUUUAUGUGUUGUGUGAUGUGUAUAGUUAAAGCAGUACUUGCUGUAGAAUGUGUGAGAGUGGCUUGACAAUCUUGUGUUUUAUAAAAGUUCGUUAUUUAUGAGUUCUUUAAGUAAUUUAAUUCGAGCAAUAAAGACAAAACUUUUUCACAUAGAAAAA